AUGGCAAACAGAACUUUUGUCAACGCAUUCAGACUCAUCAAUGGUUGCCCAAUGCUUGAAAGUUUAUCUCUGGAUGUAUUGAAGUCGCCUCUUCCCAAAUUUCCCAAUUUGAAGCACUUGGAAUUGAAGGGUUCUUUUGGUUCCCCAUGGUUGCUAGUCUUCCAACAUCUUGAUAGCUCUUCCCAGUUGCAGCAUUUAAGUUUUCAAGAGCCGGAAGGAUCUUGCUGGAUUGAGCCGCAGUCAGUUCCACCUUGGAUGCUUACGAAGCUUAGAAGCUUGAAAAUUACAAGAUGUAAGGGGCGUAAUUGUGAUUUAAGGUUCAUAGAAUACAUGUUGGGAAAUGCGGAGGUUUUGAAGAAUCUAACAAUCACAUGUGAAAGCUUGCUCAUGAGGGAUAACACAGCAAAUACAUGCAUUGCUACGGAGGCUUUUGAACCUCUUUUUAUUCCACUUUCCGGUUAA